UGAAGGUGUACUCACGGUCUGUCCGAAGAGCUCGAGACAGUUUUCAUCAUCAGCUGCAGCAAGCUGGAGCGUCAGACCUCCACCUGGCAUCUGCACACCUGGCAUCUGCACACCUGAGGAACAAUGUCUGCUGCCUACCUUCUCCUCCUGCUGGUCCCUCUGGUGUCAGCACAGACCUAUCACUGGGGUCCCUGUCCCACUCCGAUGGUGCAGCCCAACUUCAACCUUCAGCAGUAUCUGGGCAGGUGGUAUGAGAUUGAGAAGCUCCCGGCUUCCUUCGAGAGAGGAAAGUGCAUCGAGGCCAACUACGCCGUAAGGAAAGACGGUACCAUCCAGGUGCUGAACUCUCAGUUCUAUAAAGACAAGGUGAGGGUAGCAGAAGGGACAGCAGUGAUUCAGGACCUAAGAGAACCUGCCAAACUUGGAGUCAGCUUCUCGUAUUUUACCCCCUACAGCCCCUACUGGAUUCUCACCACUGACUACACCAGCCUGUCCGUUGUGUACUCUUGCACGGACAUCCUCCGCUUGUUCCAUGUCGACUACGCCUGGAUCCUCAGCCGGUCGCGCUUCCUGCCUCCAGAGACCGUGCGGUACGCCAAAGAGCUGAUGAUCAAUGAAGGAAUCGACCUGUUCAGGAUGAAGGCAACAGAUCAGACAGGCUGCAAGGAUAACUAGGGAUUCAUGGAGGCUUCCACUCACUGCUGUAACCAGUCACAGCACUCGGAUGAGGCAGGGCUGAAUAUCAACAUGACCGUGUGGUUAAUCGUCAUAUUAUCACACACACUGGACUUCACUGCUAAUACCAAGUUACAAUAAAUGCAGUGUGGAUUUUAUCUGCAUCUCACUUUUUCUGCCUUUCAAUUUUUUUAAUCAUUGAUAUGACAUAAUUUGAGUAAAACAUUACCUUGUGAAAUUCAACUUUGCAAUUCAAACAGCCGUUGUAUUGCAAUUAUUGAAGUAUUUGCUUCAAUUUGCAUUUGGUCAAGCACCAUCCUCAUGUUGUUCUUCAUACCUGUGAUAAGAACUAGUUGUGCUGUGUAACAGAUAUGAAAACAUUUAAAGAUCUUUUUAAAAUAUAUUUUUUAUAUUUUAAUUCUGUAGUAACUGCUCAGUACCUACAACACCAAUGUUCAAUGAACUUACUCAUUUUUCAUUGUGGAUGUGUUGUACUUUGUUAUUCUAGGACAACGUUAUAUAACAUGAACAAGCAUAUUUUUGGUGAUGGCAAAAAACACGAGGGUGAGUUCUAUGUUUAUUAAAGCUGUAUUCAUUAA